AUGGACGAGCUCCAGAAGAAGAUCGAUGAGAGGGACGGGUCUCCGGAGCCCCAGGACGUAUUGGCCUCCCCAUUCGCAGACACCAUCAUGGCGGAGCCCCUACCUCGAGAUUUUCGCUUUCCCACCAUUAAAGCAUACUCGGGGACCACGGACCCGCGGGCACACCUGACCAGGUACAGAGCUGCCAUGAUGAUCACCGAGGCAACAGACACCAUCCUGUGUAGGGGGUUCUUCGCCACCCUGGACGGGCAGGCGCAUGAUUGGUUCGGAUCCCUCUCUGCGGGGUCCAUCUCCACCUUCGCGGACCUCACCCGGCAGUUCCUAUCCCAUUUCGCCACCAGCAUACAGCGGAAGAAGCAAAUAGCCGACCUGUGUGAUUUGAAGCAGGGGAACUCGGAAUCACUGGCCGAGUAUCUCAGCAAGUGGAAGAAAGAGGCCAUGGGGGUCGCCGACUUUGAUGGGAAGUCGGCCAUAGUGAUUUUCCGAAACAACUUGAGGUCAGGCACCUUUCACCAGGACCUCAUCAGGUACCCCCCCAGGACCUAUACCGACCUGAUGGACAAGGCAGCAAGGUACGCUGACGCCGAGGCUGCCGAGAAGAGGAAGAAGGAGCAGGAGGAAGGAAGAGGUCGGAAAGACAAGGCACCCCAGGAGGAGCGCAAGGCGCCGCGCCCACACCGACGUGAGUACGCUGAGGGGCCUAGGCUGAACCCCACACGCUAUCUCACCCCGGUAACACAACCUGUGGGUACCAUCUUGGCGCACGCGGAGGACCAGGGAAUCGUGGUGUUCCCGAUGGAGGAGUGCAUGAAGAUAUCGAAAGGGCACAACACAGACGAAUGCAUCCUCUUAAAGAGAAAAAUCGAGGAACUCAUCCAAAUGGGUUACCUCGGCCAAUUCAUUAAGAGGCCCGGCCAGGCGCAAGGGCAGGCGCAGGGCCAGAAGCCAGGCAACGUAUGGAGGAAGGGGGGUGGCCAGGCGCCGUCCACCUCGGCUCCCCGUAAGAGGGACCACCACGACCACAACUCCGAGGAGGAGGAGAAGACGACGGAGGACUCCCAGCCCCCGAAGAAACGGGCCAUCUACGUCAUCUUUGGGAGGGGACUCGCCAGCCGAGCGGAAGAGGUGGGCGAGGAGCUUGUACGUGGGGGAGGUCACACGUACCCCCACGAGAAGAAACCAAAGAGGGAGCCCAUCAUGUUCACCGACGCCGACCUGCCAGAUGGGCCCCUCCCCCACCGAGACGCCCUGGUUGUCAAGCUGGACAUCAACAACGUGGUGGUGCACCGGGUGCUCGUAGACACGGGUAGCUCGGUGAACGUCAUGUACUACGAAACUUUCACCCAGCUGGGACUCUCAAGAGGACAGCUGGAACAAGUACGGACCCCCCUGUCCGGGUUCACGGGGGACUUAAUUGAAACGGAGGGGUCGAUCAAUUUGGAGGUGGAGAUAGGCACCCCACCGCACACCAGGAGGUGGGAGGUCGAGUUCGUAGUCGUUAAGAUUAAUUGCGCCCACAACGUUAUUCUUGGUCGACCCGCUCUGGAGGACCUCAGAUGCGUGAUUUCUAUGGAGCACCUGUGCCUCAAGUUCCCGACACCAACCGGGGUUGGGGUCGCCCGGGGGGACCAAAAGGUGAGCCGCAGCUGCUACUUGAAGGCGUGCCGCCAAAUUGGUCAGAAGGACCUCCAGGUCCAUACCAUUGCUGAGAAGGCGUUUCGAGAGGAGGCAGGUCGACCUCGGGCCGAGCCCGUGGUCGAAACAGAGGAGGUCAUCCUCGACCUCAGCUGA